AUCUCGAUCUCGAGCUCGAGCUCGGCUCCAAUGGCGAUGACAACGAAGCUAUUCAACCCGGAGACUCUCCGUGCCGCGGCGAAGCAAUCCGAGGGCAUCCAUCUCGUCCCUCUCUCUCUUCGCCGCGCUAUCAAAAAAUUCCUCAGAGAGAGGGAGUUGGCGCAUAUGAAUCGAAAGGUGCUGCUUCUCUCCCAGUCUUUCAACCUCAUCAAGGAGACAAACCUCCAGCUCGCGGCCUCUGCCUCUCGGGAACUCGUUGAUGACCCAAUGAAGUCUCUUGAUGAUCGUUCUGGACGUUGGAAGAUCAAGUCAUCUUAUGGUGACAUUGGUUUCAAGUAUCAGGAGGAUGAGACUGUUGCUUAUGUGGCCUCUCGCAUGCCCGCAGUUUACUCCGCUUGCCAUCGGGUUCUCAAAGAGGUGCGGCAAAGGCUGCCGGGUUUCUCGCCGACUAGUGUCUUGGAUUUUGGAGCUGGACCAGGUUCUGCCCUUUGGGCAAUGCGAGAAGUUUGGCCAAGGUCUUUGGAGAGGGUUAACUUGGUAGAGCCGUCUAAAUCUAUGCAAAGAGCAGCACAAAGUCUUUUAGGAGAUUUGAAAAACUUGCCACUUAUCCAUAGCUAUGAUAGUAUUCAGGCGUUGAACCGUAAACUUGAGAAGCGUGACAGAGCACAUGACCUUGUAAUCUCUUCUUAUGCGCUUGGGGAGAUACCAUCCUUGAGAGAUCGGAUUACUAUAGUACGCCAACUUUGGGAUCUCACACAAGAUGUCCUGGUACUUUUGGAGCCAGGGACUCCUCAUGGGUCAAAAAUAAUACGUCAAAUGCGUUCAUAUAUCCUAUGGAUGGCCAAGAGGAAAAGCCGAAAGAGUAAAAUUACACAAAGUGAAGUUCCCUGUAGUGGAAAAAGUAUUUCCUCUGAGGUAGCUAACUUGGAGAAUGAUGCAUUUGUUGUUGCACCGUGUCCUCAUGAUGGACGGUGCCCAUUGGAGAACACUAGUAAAUACUGUCAUUUUGUUCAGCGUCUGGAGAGGACUUCAUCACAACGUGCAUAUAAGCGGUCCAAGGGUGAACCAUUACGAGGCUUUGAGGAUGAGAAAUUCUGCUUUGUCGCUUUAAGACGUGGAAAGCGGCCACAGGAAGCUUGGCCGCUUGAUGGUAUGGAAUUUGAAACAUUGAAAGAACAACAUGCUAAGAGAAACCCCGAAGAUCUUAUUAUCGAUUAUGACGACCAAUUUGAAACAGAAGACGAUAACAUAAUCUCAUUCGAAGAGGAUCCGGUCUUAUAUCCUUCCGAUGUUGCAGAAACCAGCUUGUUUCACCAGGAAGACAAUAACAAUGACGAUGAAAACAUUGAAGAAGGAUCAGAAGAUCAACCUCAUGCUGGCCUUGGCGGUGGCUGGGGUCGGAUUCUCUACAUGCCUCAUCGUCGAGGCAGGCAAGUAUCAAUGGACAUUUGCCGGGCCACCAAAAGAGACGCUUCGGAGGGCGCCUUACAGCGUCUGGUUGUCACACAGAGCAAGAACCCGGCCCUGCAUUUCCAGGCUCGUCGAUCAAUCUGGGGUGACUUAUGGCCGUUUUGAGCAUAUAUAUAUAUCGGUUGCAUUUUCGUGGAGAAAUCGAUAUUUUUUUCAUUGUUAUUAACCUUCAUAUGAUUAUUUCAGGCUUGAAUUUAAUUAAAAUGAAUGUAUAAUUAAAAAUCAAGGAUUUUUAUUUAGUUGUUCAAUCAAUGAAAAGGAAAGAAGGUGAAGAUGAAGCAAGUGGAA